AUGUCUAGUUCCACCCGGGAACCCACCGACGAGCCCGCUCCGGAGGACACCCAUAUACAAAGGCCCAUUAGACGCCGUGGGGGGGCCGCCUGCCGUAGAUGCCGGCGCCUUCGAUCCAAGUGCGUAAAGCAGAAUUCACAGCCGCCGUGCGAAGCAUGCCGCCAUGCCGGCACCGAAGCCGUGAGAUCUUGCACAUUCCCUCGACGUGGGGAUGGGGCGGCUGACCGUCAGUUCCGUCGACGAUCGCGACCACUGCCGUUAUAUAUACCCGAUGAUACCGACUCUCCAGGUAGCCCCGACGGGUUUUCUAUAGUAGAACCUGCAAGGUCAUUGCCGCCGAAUGAAGAAGUAGCCGAGGGCUGUAGAACCUUUGUGACAUCCUACUUCCAGCUGGGAUUUAUCCCAAAGGCAAUGUUCCAGGAAAACCUAGCACAGGACCCUCUCGCAACAAGCAACUUCCUCCUUUGCUGUAUCCUUUCCAUUUCCUCCCGCUUCACCCCUAUCCUGAUCCGACGAUUUGGAACUGCUGCUGAAGCAACGAACCACUUCCUAGAGCAGGCAAGAGGCAUGGUGUCAGAGGAGAUGUACCAGCCCUCGUUGGAAAACACCCAAGCCUUCUUCCUACUCGCCAUCGCGGAGUGGGGCAAUGGGGACAAGGAGAGAAGCUCGAUGGAUAUGGGAGUUGCAGUGCGUAUGGCAACGUUGCUCAAGCUUCAUCUAGAAGAGACGUACGCUCUACCGCCGAAUGCCAAGGCUGAGCAGGUGGUGCGGGCGGAAUCGGCAAGGCGCACGUUCUGGAUGAUCCAGAGCCAGGAGAACCUCCACUCUGGGCAUAGCACUCCGACGCCCUUUCCCCUGGAGGCCAUCACGGCCCUGCUUCCUUGCCCAGAGAGCGACUUUGCUUUCGGCGUUGCCCCUGAAGAGAGGGCUGCGUUACCUGGCACGCCUCCUGCCAUCGCUUGUCCUCGCCUCGUGAGGGGCUCGGAAAGAUGCCUUUUUGCGACACUUAUCCAGGCACAUAACCUAUGGGGGAAGGUUGCUCGUCAAGCAGGGCAUCCAGCCGACAGUCUGGCGGUAGAAUAUCCCUGGAGGCCUCAGGGUCGAUACGCUACGCUGGCGCAAGGGCUCAAAUCGUGGGAGGCGGAAAUUCCACCGAAGCAGAAAUGGAGUGUGUGGAACCUGAGGGGUUGGAGGGCGGAGGGUUUACACCUAGCCUACCUUUCAGUCGUCAUGGUCUUGCGCCUGAGUAAUAUUGUGCUGAGGAGGGCGUACAUCAACUACAUUAUCCUUGCCCUAUCACCCAUCAUCGCAGGCGACGAGAAGGAAUGCCAGAACAUCGCGCCCGAGGGCUUCUGGAUCGUCAUGUCUAAUGAGCUAUUUGAUAAUGUGGUCGAGUUACAUGAGCAGGUCGAGGCAUACUUCAGCAUGAGGGCCCGCGACGAGGGGUUCCCUGCUAUCCUGGUCUUCUGCGUCUAUAUGUGCGGCUCGCUUUCGUCGUACUUGUGGCGGCACCCGUGUCUAUGUCCGCAUGUCGCUCCAUCGGAGGCUGAGGGUAUGGCGUUGGGAUCUUUGAGGAUCCUGAGUGAGCUGCAUCAAGCGUGGCCGACGAGCACGAGGUGGCAGCAAGGGUUGCAGCAGGUUGCCAGCCCCCUUUCUGUGACUGCGUCCCCCGUAGCGAUGAGAUCUCCAGGAAAGGGGGACAGGUCGAGUACGCAGGACCGAAGACCCAUCCUAGCAACUAGGAAACUAGAGAAAAGUGCUUUGCUUGCUGUAAGUCGUGAGGAAGGUAUAGGGGAGAUGGCGUAUCAGGACUGGCAAUCUGGAGUUGGUAACUUGCCCCAGAUGGAUGCGUUCCCUGAUGACUUAUUUGAUGCCGAGCUUGCUGCAUUUUUGAAUGGUGAAUCUAGCUAUAGUCUUCUCAGUUCUAUGCCGUAG